AUGACCAUGGCUCUCGCGAUGGCGGCUUACCCCGCGAAAUCCAGCGCUGCGAUUUCCCGCCGCAGGUUGAUAGCCUGGCCAGCAAUCCCUCCCCCUUCGGCUCCUCAAGCCCGAGUCAAUGGCGCCCUGGCACGCGUCGCCGACCUCAUAGGCGGAUUGCAUAUGCCGUCAGUUGGCAGGCAUGUCGCUAGCCUCUUGACUCGCACCGGCACGCUCGCCGUGGCCUGUUGCAGCCCUACCCGUGGGACGGCCAAGAUCCCGAGAGCCCUUCUCCUCCGCCGUGCGUUGAACAUGUGUAACGAGCGCUGCGCCGGUGAGGAGAGGAUGCAGUACUGCUUCCGGCUUUCCGCACGCGAGAUGUUAAGCAAGGGCCGUUCCUGA